AUGGCUCCAGGGACUCUCACCGAGCUCGCCGGAGAGGCUAAGCUCAACUCUAAAUUCGUCCGGGACGAGGACGAACGUCCCAAGGUGGCAUACAACAAGUUUAGCGACGAUAUCCCGGUGAUAUCUCUCGCCGGACUCGACGAUGUUGGUGGGAAAAGAGGAGAGAUCUGCCGUAAGAUCGUUGAGGCUUGCGAGAAUUGGGGCGUGUUCCAGGUGGUCGAUCAUGGUGUCGAUACCAAUUUGGUAGAGGAUAUGACUCGCCUCGCUCGCGACUUCUUUGCUUUACCACCCGAAGAGAAACUUAGUUUCGACAUGUCUGGUGGUAAGAAAGGCGGCUUCAUCGUCUCUAGUCACCUUCAGGGAGAGACUGUGCAAGAUUGGAGAGAGAUCGUGACGUACUUCUCGUACCCGGUGAGAAACAGAGACUACUCACGGUGGCCAGAUAAGCCGGAAGGGUGGGUGAAAGUGACGGAGGAGUACAGCGACAAACUGAUGGGUUUAGCUUGUAAGCUUCUUGAGGUUUUGUCUGAAGCUAUGGGGCUCGAGAAAGAAGCACUUACCAAUGCUUGCGUCGAUAUGGACCAAAAGAUAGUUGUUAAUUAUUACCCUAAAUGCCCUCAGCCUGAUCUCACCCUCGGACUCAAGCGUCACACUGAUCCUGGAACCAUCACUUUGCUGCUCCAAGACCAGGUCGGUGGAUUACAAGCCACACGCGACGAUGGCAAAACAUGGAUAACGGUUCAGCCAAUUGAGGGAGCUUUUGUCGUGAAUCUCGGCGACCAUGGUCACGUACGUCAGUAUACUCUCUCAAUCUCUCUGCUUAUAUUUUUCUCCGUUUGUGAUUUUGACUUGGCCAAACUUGCUUGUCUAUUGAAGUAUUUGAGCAACGGGAGGUUCAAGAACGCGGAUCAUCAGGCGGUGGUGAAUUCCAACUCGAGCAGGCUAUCUAUAGCCACGUUUCAGAAUCCGGCGCAGGAUGCAACCGUGUAUCCGCUUAAAGUUAGAGAAGGAGAGAAGCCGAUCUUGGAGGAGCCAAUCACUUUUGCAGAGAUGUAUAAGAGAAAGAUGGGAAAAGAUCUGGAGCUGGCUCGCCUCAAGAAGCUUGCGAAAGAAGAAAAUGACCAGAAGCUGGCCAAAGAAGAACAUGACAAGAACCUGGCCAAAGAAGAAAAUGAUCAGAAGCUGGCUAAAGAAGAACAUGACCAGAAGCUGGCCAAAGAAGAACAUGACAAGAGCCUUGCCAAAGAAGAAAAUUACCAAAAGCUGGCCAAAGAUGAACAUAGCCACACGGAAGCUGUUAAGCGUCUCGGCCAAAUCCUCGCUUAG